UAAAGUGCUGUUCAGCGAGCCGCCCGCACGGCCCCAGCAGCUCCAGUCAGACCACAGCAGAGCCAGGAUGAAGUCCACCGGCGGCGAGCGCACCGCGCAACCAGAAUGCUUCACCUCAGACCUGGAUGACCUGGACAGCGGCAGCAACAGCUCCGACGGCGGCUGCACCCCGCGCAGAGAGCCGGGGCAGGUGGUCCAGGAGGAGGGAGUUCCGAAACGAAGGAGGAGACGGAGGAGGAGCAGCAACAACGAAGGUGGAAGAGGCGGAGGAGACGCGCGUCUGCCCGGCGUGAGCAAACAGAGGCAGGCGGCCAACGCACGGGAACGGGACAGGACGCACAGCGUGAACACGGCCUUCACGGCGCUCCGCACGCUCAUUCCCACCGAGCCCGCUGACAGAAAGCUCUCCAAGAUAGAGACACUGCGCCUGGCCUCCAGUUACAUUUCCCACCUGGCCAACGUGCUGCUGCUGGGGGAGGACUGCCUGGACGGGCAGCCCUGUCUGCGGUACCAGAGCAUCCUGCACGGCCCCGCCGCCCUCAGCACGCCCUCCCUGCGGCCCAUCUGCACCUUCUGCCUGAGCAACCAGAGGAAAUUGCUCAGAGAUGGAGCGAAGCAGUCGGCCGCCGUGUGA